CACAACGCGGAAGUAGCCCUGUCAGUUUCAGAGUGAACCUCCCCUCCCUCUGGGAGCCCAGCGAUGUCUCUCUCCCCCCCCUUUCCCCCUUUGCCCCUAUACCGUCCUGGAGGGUGGGGGAAACACUCCACCCGGAGCGAAUCCAGGGAGGGAGCAGACUCUGCCAAGGUUGGGCUCACGUCCCUGUCUCUUGAAGGGUAUUGCAGCUGCUGAUCUGGAAACAAACUUCUGACGGUUCACUGAAGCUGAAAGCCAUAACUUUGGAAUCCAGAAGUUGGGGUGGGGGGUGGAGGGGGUGAAUAUCUGAACUGUUCUGUCUGCCGGCUUUAAAAAUCGGUGCGACAGGAAAUUCACCAGGACGCACGCCUGAGUGGAAGAGCACUGGCAAAGAGUUUUAACCGGUGGGACUCCCGACUCGAAGAGGGUCCACGUGACCCUGACAUCAAGCAAGGUUCAGCUUGGACUGGAACAUGGAGAAGGACGAGGUCAACAGCAGCGUGGAGAAACGGUGGAAAUGCGGGGACUGCGGGAAGGGCUUCCGGGUCCCGUCUGUCCUGGAGAUGCAUCGCCGGGUCCACACCGGGGAGCGGCCGUUUGCCUGCCCUGUCUGCGGGGAGGGAUUCACUCACUUGUGCCACAUGGUGACCCACCAGCGCCUCCACACGGGCGAGAAGCCGUUCACCUGCUCCGAGUGCGGCAAGGCGUUCCGUCAGCCGUCCUACCUGCAGAAGCACCGCCGGGUCCACACCGGGGAGCGGCCCUUCACCUGCCCCGUCUGCGGCAAGGCCUUCAACGCCUCCUCGGCCCUGUGUAACCACCGGGCUGUCCACAGCCGGGAGCGGCCCUUCGCCUGCCCCGCCUGCGGCAAGGGCUUCAGCCGCCUGGCCAACCUGCAGCAGCACCGGUCCACCCACACCGGGGAGCGGCCCUUCACCUGCCCCGCCUGCGGCCGGGGCUUCGCCCGCUCGUCCAGCCUGCUGACCCACCAGCUCGUCCACACCGGCGAGUGGCCCUUCACCUGCUCGGCGUGCGGCAAGGGCUUCACCUCCGCCUCCAACCUGCGGCGGCACCAGCGGGUCCACACCGGGGAGAGGCCGUUCACCUGCUCUGCCUGCGGCAAGGGCUUCGCUCAGUCCUCCCAGUUGCUGAGGCACCGAUGCCUUCACACCGGGGAGUGACCGUUCACCUGUGCUUGCAAAGGGAUUCCCCCCCUCUC